AUGCGGAUGGGACUGCGCGAGAUGGAGUUAACGUGGAUUCGGGCGUUCCUGGUGUUUUACUUCGCGCUGGGAAUCCCACAAGAUUGCGCCGGUCAAAGGUACGUGAUACUGGCACCCCGUAUGGUGCGUCCACAUUCGACGUACGAUUUGGUGGUGACAAAUGUUGCCACGAGCAAGCAGCGGUUUCGGUGUGAAAUUGUCAACGCUAGUGACGCCGUUUUGGGAUCAACAUCGGUAGACGUGAAUCCUAACGAGAUCAGAAAGGUGGAAGUUUACCUGGACAGCAUGCAGAUGGGAAGCUAUCGGUUGAAGGUUUGGGAUGAGCAGCAGAGUCGCUUCCUAAAUGCCACCGAGCUGGAGUACACCGAAAAGAGCUACCUGGUGCUGUUUCAAACGGAUAAGCAGGUGUACAAACCCGGCGACAGGGUUCAGUUUCGUGUGGUGUUCCUUUUCCCAGACACGACGCCGGUGUGGAAUGCCGUCAGACCCAGCAUUUUCAUCACCGACCCGGACAGGUACCGCAUGAGGCAAUGGCUUAAUGUCACACUUCAAAGCGGAGUGUUUGAGGGUAGUUUUCAGCUGGCACAAUACACAUCGGCUGGGUUAUGGACGAUCAGCACCUUAGUGAACGAUCAAAGCUACAAAGACUCGUUCCAUGUAGAGGAGUACACGCUACCGUUGUUUAAAAUCAGCACCCUGAGCGUCCCAAAUGCGUAUUUUAAUUGCGACGAGCCGCGAAUGUUCCUGAAGCUCGCGGCAAACUACGCCCAUGGAGGAUCCGUUCGGGGAACUGCCACGGUAGUGGUACGCGCCAAUUACAACAACUAUCCUUCACAAACGAAGGAAGUGGGACGGAAACAGGUCCCUAUCGAUGGGACGGUUCUGGUGGAUUUCCCAACCGCAAUUGUUGCGCCAAACUGCACCGAAGAACGAACUGUCUGGUUUGAUGUCACGGUGACGGAGGGCCUGACGGGCGUUAGUUACAACGUCAUCAGCCAGUUCACGGUGUACAACUCGCAGGGUGUAACUAUGGAGGUCGUGGAUCGAAACGAUGCCUUCUAUCCGGGGCUGGCGAUGCAGAUGAAAGUUCGGCUUACAAACGUGCACGAAACGCCGCUGCAGAACAGGCACGUUACGAUUCUGUACAGGGUCCUGAAAAACCAUGAGGACGAAGUGAUCACCAACUUGAUGUCGCUUAAAACCAACGUCAAUGGAAUCGUCAAGUUUUCAAUCAACACUACGCUUGACACGGUUGAGGUCGACGUGGAAGGUGUCUACAAGAACAACACAUAUGAGCUGAUGUUCGCUUAUCCAGCUUACGAAGACCGAAGUCUCGAUUACCUAGCGAUCUACACACGCCAAGCAUACUACGUUGUCCAUCGUAACAUUACCGUCGACAUCCAUUCGAACGUGAAGCUCAUGAGGAUCUACUACGUGGGAAUAACUCGUGGGAAAGUAAGCGAAAGUGGCCUACUGGAGUCUCUGAAGCCCGGAAAUACCCAUCAUUUAGUUUUAAAAGCACGACCCCAGAUGCUCCCACAGAUGAGGUUGUUGGUGUAUACCGUGCUAGAGGAUGGCAAAAUAUUGAGCGUUUCUAGUGUGGUGCAUUUUUUACCACCCAAAAAUUCGCUGAUCAUUACGCAAACCCCCACGGAGCCGAACAAGGAUGCGUACAAAUUUAACAUAAGCGCUGAAGAAGGCGCCUUCGUUGGGUUGUUGGGCGUUGACGAACGUAUCAACUACGGGACGGUAGCGAGCAAUGACAUUUCUGUGAAAAAGCUGGAGAAUGCACUUCGAUCACAAGAAGACUCCUCGAGUCCGUGGCUUAGCCACGAUAGUUUCGGCAGUGUCGGGGUAAAAUUGAUAACCGAUGGAUACCUUCCUGACGUUGGAUUUGUACCCCAUUCGUUUGUUGAUUUCGAGCGUAGAUCUGCGCCGCAUAAAGAAGUUACUGUGCGCGAGGAUUUCCCCGAAACUUGGAUAUGGGAGUCCCUCGCAGUGCCAAAUGGGAAGGGUUCCGUAGUGAAAAAACUACCCGACACCCUAACAACUUGGCAUGUGACUGGAUUCUCGGUGGGUCGCGUCUAUGGAUUGCAAAUUUUGGAAAAACCGCUGCGCGUGAAACCUACGAAGCGCAUCUUUGCGCAACUGCAUGCACCUUCGUCGAUCAAAUGCUUCGAGGAGGUUACGGUGCAUUGUUUGGUGCACAACAACGGCAAACCGGUCAAUGUGACGCUGGAGAUGCGAGAUAUGCUCCCAGUGACGCCUAUAUUCCUAGAGCAAGGAACAACCAAGAGCGUUCGUUUGAAGCUUCACGCAACCCGACUCGGCACGUUACCAGUGGAAAUUAUCGUGAAAGGUGCUCGGGGGGCUACAAUCGACCAUAUGAUCCGAUCGAUCGCAGUACAUCCGGAAGGCGUGAUGAAAACGAUCGAAGAUGUUCGAUUGCUCAAUUUUCCCACACAAAGCAAGUUGAGUUUUAACCUUUCGCUGCCGGUACACAACGUCAAUCGAACGACAAAUCACUUCGAAGCUGUCACCCUUUCGUUGGUUGGAUCGUUCCUUAACCUGAACCAGUUCGAUUUGGAGCAUUUGCUUACCGCGUCGCAUGGCAAUGGAGAGGAAAGCCUGAUGUACCUGCAAACAACGAUGGCAAUAUACGAAUACUUACUGCAAGCGCAACGUCUGCAGCAGGGAAGCAACGAGAAAUUCAUAUCCUAUUUGGAAGCAGCGCAUCAGCAACUGCUGCAGUUUCGCUUAGAAGAUGGAUCGUUCAGCAUGUUUGGCUAUGUCCAUCAGUGCGGUGGUGUAUGGUUCACGGCCGCUACCGUGGAAGCACUGUCCAAGCUCUCUGCUUACGUUCCAGUGGCAGAUGUGGUGAUGAUCGACGCGUUAGACUGGCUCGCGGAACAAAGCCGAGAUGAUGGUAGCUUCAACGAGAGUUGCGCGAUCGCGCAUCCACACAUUCAGCGCACUGGUGGAAAGGAACUUUCCCUUGCCAGUAGCGUGUUGUUUGCCUUCGUAGAUCACAAGUUUUCCGCUCGUUACGAAUCGCUUAUAAACAAAACCGUCACCCUACUGCUGAGCUCAGACAUACGGGAUGUUUAUGUGCUGGCAAAGGUAAGCUACCUGCUUGCGCUCAUCGACCAUCCCCAGCGAACGGAAGUGCUGGAAAAACUGAACAAACUUGCCGUGGUUGAAGGAGUGUAUCGUUUUUGGAGAGUAACGCAGCCGUCUCCGAAUGAAAAACGAAACCAAGAAGCUACAGCGUACGCGUUGCUAGCAAAUUUGAAGGCAAAUGCUAUCGAACAACUGGAGCUGGUUCGCAUUGCCCAGUGGAUCCAAAAGCAUAGCCUUUCGGGGGAACGUUGCGUUCCAUCGCUGGAUAAGAUCGUUGCUCUGCGUGGACUGGCCAUGUUCCGUUUAAAAAUUCCUAAAUCUCCUGCCAAACUCUUCAUCGAAGCAGGAAGCCAUCGAUUUGAAGUGAACGCGUCUAACCAGGAUCUCUUGCAAACGGUCAGCUUGCCGGAUGGUACCACCGAUGUAAGAGUAACGGCAAGAGGAACAGGAUUACUUUUAAUAAAGCUAGCCUUGAGGUACAGCGUUCCAACCAACAGCAGCAGUUCUGUUGGUGUUCAAAUUCAGAAAACCGCUUCUGUACAGCGUGAGCUAUCGUUGCUAGUAUGCAUUCUUGCACAUCCACGGAACGCCUACCAAUCGAAAUUGUUGAUGGUAGCUAUUGAUUUACCCACCGGCUACGAACUUGACCAACGGAAUGCGGAAUACGAUAAUGGCACCAAAAGCGUUAACGUUAUGAACAACAAUACCGAGCUGGCGCUUGUGUGGGACACCGAAGAGGUGGCAGAAUUUUGCUGUACCGUAAAGGCCAUGUCUCGUUUCACGAUGCCGGAGAUGCUAAGAGGAUUGGUUUAUCUCUUCUCCUUUGACACGAAAGACGUAAUCGAAGCAUUUGAAUUUUAA